UGCAAUUGACAUCUUGAUCGGUUGUCCCUCGAAUGGGGAUUUCGGUAGGAAACAUGCAGCUUUCUUGCUCUCAAUUUCUUCGAAGGUGCAAGUUGCCACUUUUUAUUAGAUGCUAAACACUAAAUAAACUACCGACAUCACUAUUAUUGGUGUGUCUAUGGGUUUACCAGGUUCCCAUUGAUAGUGUGCAAACCACGGCGCACACUCUGGCCGGUCGUCAGUUCAACCACCCGCCAACUGUUCGAUCAAAUGCCUCCAGGGCGUCUACUUUGCCAUUGCAAUUCCCAUCUGCGAGAAAAGCUUCGGCGAGCAAACACAGGUCUUGCAUUUGAAAAUAUCUGAACUGAGAGAUCGAGCACUGAAUGGCAGAGUCUGUGGUGUUUGGAAUCCUAUGCAAAAUUGGAUCAAUAUUGGGGUCACAUCUGACGCAGGCAUUAGUUUCACAUCUGGGGAAGGAGGUAUCAGUUUUAAUUGAGGUUGAAAGCAUUGUAAAGCAAAUUAGAAGUGAGUUUAGGUUGAUGCAAUCUUUCCUGCAAGAUGGCCAAGAAAAAGAAAGCUCCAGCAGGCAGGCUGAAACCUUUCUGCAGGAAGUUCAGCAGAUAGCAUUUGAAGUUGAAGACAUCCUGGAUGAAUUUGUCUAUUAUUUUGGCAGAAAAGAAACCCCAUCUGUGGAAUUGUUGAAGAACUUCUUCAGAAAAUCUGAAAGUGUGAUGCCAUUGCGCAGAAUAGCAGCAGAACUCAAAGAAGUGCAGAAUCGUCUCCAAAAUAUUCGAAACUUGAAACUUCAGUACAAUAUUGACUUAUCUGAAGAAAGUGCCAGCUCCAUCAGGUAUGAAGAUAGCAAAGGUCACACACUCCACCACAUAAUGCAUAAUAAGAAACUUGUCGGUUUUGUAAAUGAGCGACAGAAGCUGCAAGAGUUGCUAAUGGCAAAUGAAAGAUCAUGCUCAAUAAUUUCCAUAUGGGGUAUGGGAGGUUCCGGUAAAACUACUCUUGUCAAAACUGUUUCCGAAAGCAAAGCUAGCAAGAACCGUUUUGAUUGCCAGAUCUGGGUUACCGUGUCUCAAACAUAUGACAUUACUGAAAUAAUGAGGAAGAUUAUACAGUGUGCAUUGAAGGAUACAUGCUCAGCUGACUUAGGAAGCAUGAGUAGUGAAGGCGUAGUGCUGAUGCUCCAGGAGACUUUGCAGGGAAGGACAUACAUGAUGGUCUUGGAUGAUGUGUGGGAUACAAAUGUUUGGUUCAGCUUGGAAGGCUUUCUAGAUGAAAGCAGCAUCAGAAGUAAGGUGGUAAUUACUACUCGCAUAAAUGAUGUUGCUUCUUUGGCAGAAGACAAGCGCCGUCUUCAACUACGAGGAUUAGAUGAGGCAGAGUCUUGGGACCUCUUUUGCAUGUGGGCUUUCCGGCACGGUGAAGAUCAAACAUGUCCUCCUGCAAUGGACCGAGUAGCAAGACAGAUUGUUGGCAGGUGUGAAGGUCUACCGUUGGCUAUAACGGCAGUAGGCAACUUGCUAUCCUUCAAACGGCUGGAUUUGAUGGAGUGGGAGAAAUUCUAUAAUCAACUGAACUGGGAGUUGCACAAUCGCUUGGAUAACCAAGGACUCAGCAUGGUGACUCGACUCCUUGGUUUAAGCUACAAGCAUCUACCGGUCCACUUGAAGAACUGUUUCCUUUUAUGCAGUAUCUUCCCAGAGGACUAUAUGAUACGCGGGAAGCGGCUAUGUAAACUAUUAGUAGUAGAAGGUCUUGUUGAACCAAGAAAAAACAUGACACUGGAGGAGAUUGCAAUGGAGUACAUAGAAAAGCUAGUAGAUCGCUGCCUGCUUCAAGUUGCUCGGAGAAAUAAGCUUGGAAGAGUAUGGGAACUCCAGAUGCAUGACAUUAUCAGGGAGCUGGCAAUUUCAAUAUCCGAAAAGGAAGGAUUCUGCAUGAUACAUAAUAAAGCUCAGAGAUCGGUGGUUGAGUGCGAGCCUCGUCGGUUAUCAAUUCAUGAGAAUUCAGUCAGAGUCCAGCUAAGUAUAAAUGCUUCACGUGUUCGUUCUUUCUAUCAAUUUGAUAUCGAUUGUUCCUCCGUGUCAAAAGUGCAAUGGGUAUCAAGGACUGCUAGGUACCUGAAGGUUCUGGAACUAGGUAGUGUUCCAAUCAGAAAACUGCCGAGAGACAUUGGGAACUUGUUCAAUUUACAUUAUUUAGGAUUAAGACGAACCAAGAUCAAGCAACUUCCUGAAUCGAUUGACAGGCUCCAAAAUCUCCGAACUUUGGACAUCUUCCUUACUGAAAUAGCAAGUCUUCCACGUGGCGUAACCAGGCUAAGGAUGCUACGCCAUCUGAUUGCUGGAAAGGCUGUUGCUUCUUAUUUUGGCCUCGAAGAUGUCUUCACAGGUGUCAAAGUCCCCAAUGGAUUAUGGCGAUCACUGGAUCUAAAUGUCCUCACAGGCAUUUCUGCAAGCAGCAAUUUGGUGGAACAAUUGGCCAGCUUUACACAGCUGAGAUCAUUGAAGUUGACAGACGUAAAAAAUAUCCACUAUACAAAGCUAUUUGCAUCCAUCAGAAAGAUGCAGCUUCUAAAGAACCUUCUUAUUGGAACUGCCAAUAGUGAUGAGUAUGUCAGCUUAGAAGCCCUAGAUCCUGCACCUCAGAACCUUGAAAUACUCUUUGUGAAAGGUAGACUCCAUGAUAGGGUUAUAGGCUCUGACCUAUUUGAGGCAAAUAGGCUAACCCUCAUGGAGUUGACUCUUGAAAAUAGCAGGCUGAGCAUAGAUCCACUUCCAUCACUAUCUAAUUUCUGUAACCUGACCCUUCUUGGUCUGUUCAACCAUUAUAUUGGAGAAACCUUGCUCUUUCAGGCAGAGUGGUUUCCUAAGCUUCAUACACUUACUUUGGCUGAGCUGCAAAAUGUCAGUUCAAUAGUGAUUGAAAAGCAUAGCAUGCCAAAUCUCUAUAACUUUGCUCUCAUCUGCUUGACAAAUUUAGAGGAUUUGCCUGAGGGCAUGGAAUUCCUUGGGUCUGUUGAAGAGCUCAGUUUGGUGGGCAUGCACCAAAAAUUCAUGGAACAUGUACAAGGUUCCUCAAAUGUAAAAGUCAAACACAUUCCUGUAGUUGACUACUUUGAUCAAACCAAAGGGAGGUGGGAUCGACUUUCUCCACUUUAUUUCGAAGGUGAGUCAAAAACCUGUCCACAGCCUGUCCAACAUAGAGUUGAUGCGUUCUUUUGAGCUUCAAUGAUUGAUUCUCUUAAUUUGCAGACGAAGGCACUAAGAAUUGAAAUUAAACACAAGCAAAGAAAAGAUGGAUUACCUGCACUCCGAGCUUAUCCUAUUCCCCACUCAUUUCUACUAGAGAUCUUUCUACUAUGUUCUCUCUAUUGGCAUCCAAAAAUAUUUCUAUGUAUUUUGCCACUCUUACAUUAGUAUCCUUUUGCCAUCUCCA